UAUGCCGGCCUCCAAAGUGUCAAAUUUCCGUUAAUUUUAAUUGUUCUCCCCAGAUGUUUCGGGCUGGUUCUUAAGCGGCGAAGACGGCCCAUCAUCACAUCCGUUAAACCAGAACUUCCGCUAGAGGCAGAGGGAAUCCCAAACGCAAGCCCAAUACGAAGCCCAAGCUAUACCACCGAGGAAGAGGGAGGGAGCAAUUGUUGAGAAAUCCGCCGACCGCAAGGGAAGAGGAGUCUUAUGUCCCAGUGGUAGCAGGAAAACUGAACCCUUCUUUUCCUCCGCAUAAAUCCCAAGUUUAUAGGACUCUCCCUCGGACGGACUCUUGUCUGAACGUUUUCAAAGUUUUGGUAACUCUCACAAAAACUCUUGUUUGAACGUUUUCUGUCUGAGACAAGACCAUGGAAAAGUCACAACCAAACCUGUCGAAACAAACCAGAAAACCACAAAAGCGAGCCAGGGAAUUCAUUGAAGAUGGGAACUCACGAAGAAAGACAUUCAUGAAGAGAGUUCCUACUCUGAAGAAGAAAGCCGAGGAACUCGCUGUGUUGUGUGGCAUCCCAGUCUGCGUGGUCUGUUUUGGGCCUGAUGGGACGGUCGAUGUGUGGCCAGAAGACAGGAAAAAGGCCGAAGCAGUUAUCAUGAAGUACAAGGAAGGUAGCAGCGGUUGUUUGCAGAAGCUAAAUCUCUCAGGGAUUUUGGAAACCAUGGACAAGAAGGAGAAGCAGCAGCCAUGGCACUUUCUGGACAAUCAAUUGCACAAGCUUUCACUGGAGGAACUUCAAAUUUUGAUGAGAAACUUGAACUCCAAGAUACUGACUGUGGAGGAAAGAAUCCGAUUCCUAAAAGGAAAAUCAGUUCAGAAUUUUGAAUUAGGAGCCGAAGAACUUAGCCCAUUAAGCAUUGAUUUGCCUGACUUCAAUGAUUUGGAUGGGAUCAAAAGUUCUAACAUGAAACAUGAAGAAAGAUCUGACUUUCCUGGCUUCAAUGAUGUCUACCAUCCAUCGCUGGCUCUUUUACCAGUCACUGAUUACUCUUCCUACAUGGCAAUGUUGAUGGCCCCUGAUGAUCAAACAGAUUUUACUAUCGCCAGCACAGAUAAUAGUCGGCCACUGGGUGAUUACUCUGAAGGUGGAUGGAGUAGUAAUUCUAGCACUACUUCUUGGCCUUCAGGAGGAAUUCUGGAGACCAAUUUGGGUGAUAGCUUUUUUUCCGGUCAAGCAGGGGUCUGGCCCCCAACGCCCCUUCAUGAAGCUUUGCCAAUUACAGCAGUGUGGCCAAGGCAGCCAUUGCAGUCCUCACAGAUGAAUCACUAGCUAUGGUGAUACUGAUGGAAGUUAUGAUUUUUUGUUUUCAUAACCGUAACAGCCAACCUGAGCAUUUUAUCUCUUUAUGUAUAUACUCCUUUGUAUUCGGUUCUUUUUAGUCGGUGCUCAUCUCUUUUAAAACGCUACAUCUUAAUAUCAGUAAGUUGUGGAAUUCAAGAAAAAAUAUUUAGAAAGUAAAAAAGAAAAAGUUUA